AUGGAUAUCGCCUCCACCUUUGAUCGAGAACCAUUCCGUCAUACGGAUCCAAAAUAUAAAUGUUUAUGUGGACUUAGCCAUGUGAAGAAGGGAACAAUGUACAUAGCCGCUGCCUGUGCAACCAUUGUCAGUAUCUUCUUGAUUGGCAUACUGUUGGACUUCGAAGAUCAAACUUGGACAUGCAUAAUCGCAUCUUCUUUAGUGUUCGCUGUGACAAUUGCAGCAGUUUUCUUAAUCUUCUUGGCAAAAAAGAAAGAAAACGAGAAAUUCCUUCUUCCCUUCUUAGCACUCAUGGUUCUUUAUAUGGUUGUGGCGGUUGCCGUCGUUAUAUGUGGAAUUUGGUCGUUGAUUGAUCCCGAAUCUGGUCCAUUCAAAGGCACGAUACUGCAUCCAACAAAUGGAACACUGGCUGGAGAUGCCGAUGAAAGUUUAAGCCAUCACACAGGGCAAACAGUAACAUCAGCCUUCUUCAUCGUAGCUAGCUUAAUCAUUGUAGCUCUUGCUAUCUGGUUCAUAUUCGUCGUUUACAAGUAUUACAUAUACAUCAAAGACAUGAAGAAUGCUCGAAAUCCUCAGAAUGUUGUUUACCACGAGGUAAACACAUUAAAGAGAGAAGUCAAGCAAUAA